GUUGCACGUUCAUCCCGGCUUUGCUGAAGCCAUUCUGGCCCUCACCAAGGUUCCCUCGGCGAAGUUGAACGCUCUCGGAAUGGAGUGGGGCAGUGCGGUUAUCUUCACGUGCUCCAAGGCCCUAUGCAUGGCUGGUCAGGGUAACAACAUCACCAAGAGUAGCAUCGGACGGGAAAUGACAUUGUCACAGACGACUGCAGCAAUGCUUCCAGCAAUCCGGCCAGGACUUUGCGCGGAGGACUGCGAGCCAGAGAUUGGUGUUUGUUCUGCACUUGUCGGUUGUGGGUGCGUCGCCAAGCAAUGGCCGCUGAUGGAUUCUAUGGAGGGCACAUCUCCACGAGUGCAUCAUUGCCAAACUGCUGCAAAGCGCCAGAGAACCGACUCACCAACAGAAAAGAGAUGUGCAGCUUUCAAUCAGUUGUUCGGCCUCCUUGUUGACUGGGAGAGCUGUCGGAAAGAAUCCGCGCUCAAACAAGACCCUAUAUCACAUGGCAAAGAGAGCCCAGCGGUCCUGGCAGAUGACCCGAACCCGCAGACCGGCAGCGCCUUCUACAAUGCUGUCAUGACCGUUCACCACUACUCUGCUGACUCCGUUGUAAAGGAAUUCCAGUCUCACGAGGUGCAGCGUGGCAUCGCGAACCGUUUUCACCGCACCGAGGCCGUGGAAAGCAAGUUCGGAGAUGACCGGUUCUUGUACAUCACUCUCAGAGUCAAGGAAAGGGGUUCAGAUGACCUCAGCCACGCCAACCUCGUGAGGUAUUUGAAGCCUUUUUCAUGGUUGGGUCGCAGGUGGGAGCUGCUGGCCUUUAAGGGGAAGAAGCGAGACAGGAUGCAGGAUGACCAGCCGGAUGCAGAGCAAAAGUAUGUGUUCUUUGCAACUUCGCCCUGGGAGAAAGAGCGAGAUGAAGUGUUGCGAAUGUACCGUGGCUUGCCGGAUAUUUGGAAUGCGGCUCAACAGCACGAGCUUGCAGCAGCCAGCUUUCCGAACUGCACGGCCGAUGAGGCUCGAAGAGAGCUUGUGCCAAAGUGUGCUGAACUCAAGCUUCUGGCAGAGUCAGCAGCUAAGUACAACAAGCGCUUGUUACUGGGCUUCUCCAGCGCCACAGGAACCAUUGUGUGCAGAGCGGAUCAGAUCCGUGAGGUGCCGGACCUUGUAAGUCGUAGGGGUGAAGUGCUGACGGAUGGCUGUGGGCGGAUCGGAAUGAAGCUUGCGCAUCGGAUUGCUAAACACCUCGUUCUGGUGGACAUCCCGGCUGUCUUUCAGAUCCGCCUCGGAUCAGGUAAGGGGCUCCUUCAGGUAGACUUAGGCUUGGGUGAUGCGGACGGCCUCUAUCUGUCGAAGAGCAUGGUGAAAUGGCUCAACGAUUGGACCACCUGCUCCGAGGAAGACCGCCGAAUAGAG